CCUGUGGUGAUUCCAUCGACCUCUUAGUACAAAUAAGACACUCUUUUCUGCUCACUUAUACAUGCAUAUUCCGCUAGCCACCCUAACUAACCGUCACAAAGCUAAAUCUAUUACGGCCCGCGGCGGAUGGUCGAAAGAACCGGUCUAGAGCCCCAUCCGUCCAAACAGCUGGGACCUCGCUUCUUUAGCCGAGACACGACCGCAAGCAGAGACAAUAAUCUAACAACACCUCAUCAACUCUUUCAUCUCUAUGUUUAGGGCGCUCCAUGACAGAGGUCCAUGACAGGUCCAAGCUGCGCUGUUGUGGUCCAAGAGCUUGACCAAAGCCAUCGAAAAAACAGUUAGAGCCCCACAUUCUCCUCGAUAUCGCGCGGUAUUCUUCAAGCAGGCGGCCGAUCGGGAAGAGUUUCCCGCCUCAGUCAUCCUGUCUCCCCGCUACCAGUUGCUAUACAUUGGUGACGACCCCGGAAAAAGCAUGGCCCUGCUGUCAUCCCAUGACGGGAGUAGUUCCCUGAAAAUCUAAGGCACCUCUUCUCGUUGAACGCUAGGCUUUGGAUUCCUCCCACCCUCCCUCCCAAAGCAUCUGACGCCAACCCGAAGACGGCGUACAAUUCUUCUAGGGUAUGAGCCGCUACUCAGUGUUCAAGCCGUAGUAUCUAUUUGAGAAGAUCAGAUGGACCUACGCGAGGCAGCGGAGGGUGGAAAGGUCCCGAUUCUGUUCAUGACAGCGACGCCACUUCUCUGCAGCUAAGAGAACAAAAGACCUAGGACAGAUCAUAUUGGGAGAGUUAAACACAGAUUGUCUUAUAGCACCUCAACCCACUGCACUGGCUGCCUCUAAUCCAUGAUUGCCUGAGUUUCGCUUCUUUUCUCCGUCGACCAAUCUUGGCUGUCAUUCCAGUCUGAAGAAGCCGUUGAGAUUCCGAAAACACUCUACCAUAGUAUUCUUCAAUGCGGCAGCCUCUCCGCUUCUAAAAACACGGAUAUUCCAACGGUAUCAACCAUGUCGACUACAGCGUCCACAGUGGCGACGCCCACUCCAACGGGCAGCAGAGCCCCUUCGCAAGGUGGCAUUUUUGAGGGCCUUGACCCGUCCGUCUACAACCCCGCGGACCCAAUCGUCAUGUUCAUCAUUCAAGCCGUCAUCGUGAUCUCCCUGAGCAGACUACUGUACUGGCCUCUGAGCCUGAUUCGACAACCGAGAGUUAUAGCGGAAGUUGUCACCGGAAUUCUUCUCGGACCUUCUGUCUUCAGCCGCAUCCCCGCAUUUACUGCAGCCAUCUUCCCCAAAGAGUCCAUGGCACCUUUCCGACUUGUAGCCCAAAUCGGUCUUGUUCUCUUCCUCUUUCUCGUUGGCCUCGAAAUCGACCUAUCAUACCUCCUGCGAAACUGGAGAACGGCAAUUUGCAUCGCAACCCUGGACAUGGCCAUACCCUUCGGCAUUGGUGUUGCCUUGGCCUAUGGGUUAUACAAUGAGUUCCGCGAUGACCCAGGUGUCACACCCAUAUCCUUUGGAUUAUUUGCACUCUUCAUCGGCAUAGCAUUCGCAAUCACAGCUUUCUCUGUGCUUUGCCGAAUAUUGACUUCCCUGAAGCUACUCAACACCGCCGUCGGAGUCAUCGUGCUGACUUCCGGAGUCACCAACGACGUCGUCGGCUGGAUCUUGCUUGCGCUGUGUGUCACUCUCGUCAAUUCUGGCGCUGGAGUGACAACCUUAUGGAUCUUACUGGUCUCUUUUGGAUACAUUCUGUUGGUCGCCUACGUUGUCAGGCCUGCCUUCAUGUGGGUGCUUCGUCGGACAAAGUGCUUGGAGCAUGGUCCCUCGCAAGGGAUAGUCUGCCUGACUCUAAUCAUGGUCCUGGCGUCCGCAUCUUUCACAAAAAUUAUUGGUGUCCAUGCCAUCUUUGGAGCCUUCAUGAUCGGCCUUAUUUGCCCCCACGAUGGCGGUUUCGCCAUCAAGCUGACGGAGAAGAUUGAAGACCUAGUUUCGACCCUCUUCGUGCCUCUGUUCUUUGCCUGGUCCGGCAUCAACACCAACUUAGGCUUGCUUGAUACUGGAAAAGCCUGGGCAUACCUUGUUGCCGUCAUUUUCUUGGCGUUCUUUUCUAAGUUACUUGGAGGUAGUGUGGGUGCACGAAUGAACGGCAUGGUCUGGCGUGAAUCCCUCACCAUCGGCACUCUCAUGUCCUGCAAGGGUCAUGUUGAGCUGAUCGUUUUGAACAUCGGUCUGCAAGCUAAGAUUAUCAGCACAAGGAUGUUCACUAUUUUUGUGGUUAUGGCGCUUGUGACGACUUUUACCACCACCCCUCUUGUCAUGUGGCUUUACCCUCCGUCUUAUCAACAGAGACUGGAGCUGUGGAGGAGGGGCAAAAUCAAUUGGGACGGCACCCCAACUCAGAAGGACGGCGUCGAUAGCAAGGAAGAUGACGAUCAGAGAGAGCCUGCUAGCAAACUGCUAGUGUAUCUUCGCAUGGAUGGUCUUUCUAGUCUUUUGUCCACCAUAUCCUUUUUCACCAGCGGCCAGGACACUGCCUUACCCCAAAGCUUGUCUCUCGAAAAGCCUUGUCACGGUGGAGAAAAAGGUCUCGUUAAGCAUGCUGUGCAAAUCCCAGAAGACGAAUCACCUCCGCAGGAACUCCUUCGAAUCCACGGCCUACGUCUGGUCGGGCUUAGCGAGCGCAACUCUUCAGCCAUGAAGGUCUCGGAAAUCGAAGGAUCUGCUGGCCAGGAUCCAGUCAUCAAGGCGUUUGGUACAUCAGCCAUCAACACAACAAGAGAUGUUGUCAUCUCUGGUCAAAUUACCGUUGUACCCGAAGACUCCUUCGCCGAUACAUUAGCCACACAGGCGACCAAGCUGAACAGCGACCUCAUCGUCGUUCCAUGGAGCGAGACUGGCACCAUCUCCGAGAUCCCUUCCUUCUACAGCGCAACCACGAAGGGAGUAGAUCCUUUCGGCACCGGCGACUUCUCCAACCUCAUGGCCAGCGUCUUUGACAAGGCAAAGCACAUCUCGGCGGUGGCUACAUAUAUUGAUUCAACACUCCUCGGAAAAGCCGACAGCUCAGGCACAGGAGCCAAGAAGCCAAGGCACCUCUCCAGGCAGGUAUCUGGCAUCAACGUUUCCGACACACAGGAUAUUUUAACCGUCAGGUUCUUCUCCGCAGAAAAACGGGACAAGAAGUUGGUUCGCGUCCUCUAUACGGGCGCCGCCGACGACAUCUACGCCGUGAAACUCGGAAUCCAGCUCGCACAGAACGAGAACCUCGAGGUCAACAUCGUCGACGCCGCCGACGCCGAUGACGAGACCAACAUGCAGUUCCUACAUAUCACGUCCAACAUCCAUAGUUCCGUCGCCAGACGCAUCACCUUCAACAAAGUUACAUGUACUGUCACGAAGGAUAUCACUUCCUCAGCCAUCGUUGCCGAGUAUUUGGCUCUUCAAGCUGGAGAGAAUAGGGAUACCACAUUUCUCCUCGGCCGUUCCGACGUAUCUCGGAAAGUUGGCCACAGGACUGCAGGAGAGAUGUUUAUUGCCGAUCCGCGGAAGACGCUUGGGUCUAUCGCUCUUGGUGUCUUGAUGGAAGUAAAGAGAAUAGGCGUUGCCAACGUGAGCUUCUUGGUCGUACAGGCAAAGCAUACCGUCAUGGAUGGUCAGGCGUUGCAACGCUGA